CCCCGAGCCCCCUCUCCUCCCCCGCCGCCUUCUCCCGCAUGCCGCGGGGCUCGGCUGCCUCGUGAUCUUCCGCCGCCGAUCCCGUCCGCCGCUCCUGGACUGGCGCCGGCACUCGAUUCCUUUUACUGCUACUCCAGUUCUCGAUACAUACCCACCUUUCAAUGCAUCGUGUCGGGAGUGCUGGAAACGCAGCUGGUUCAACUCGACCAAGAAAGGAGAAGCGUUUUACGUAUGUGCUCAACGAUGCUGAUAAUAAAAAGCAUUGUGCUGGGAUCAACUGCUUGUCAUACCUGAACGGUUCUGCUUCUGGUACAAGUGAUUAUCUCUUUACUGGGAGUCGUGAUGGUACCUUGAAGAGAUGGGAAUACCAAAAUGGGGAUGCAAACUUUUCAGCAACUUUUGAGUCACAUGUUGAUUGGGUUAAUGAUGCCAUUCUUGUUGGCGAAAAUCUUGUUUCAUGUUCCUCAGACACCACUAUAAAGGUGUGGAAUUGCUUAUCAGAUGGUGCUUGUACCAAGACCCUCCGCCAGCAUUCUGAUUAUGUGAUCUGUCUUGCUGCAGCUGAAAAGAAUAGCAAUAUCGUAGCCUCUGGUGGCCUUGGUGGUGAGGUCUUCAUAUGGGAUCUUGAUGCUGCUCUUGCUCCUGUAACCAAAUCUGUAGAUGCAAAAGAGGACGAGAUUCCUAAUGGAAAUUCUGGACCUGCUUUGUCAACCUUGUGCAAUGUAAAUUCUAGUGGCAACAUUGCUUCCACCAACGGGAAACCACAUGGGUACAGUCCAAUUGCUGCCAAAGGUCACAAGGAUUCAGUUUAUGCACUGGCUAUGAAUGAUACAGGAACCUUGCUUGUCUCUGGUGGUACUGAAAAGGUUGUUCGUGUUUGGGAUCCUAGGACAGGUUCAAAAAACAUGAAAUUGAGAGGGCACACUGACAAUAUCAGGGCUUUGCUUAUUGAUUCCACGGGAAGGUAUUGUCUAUCAGGCUCAUCUGAUUCAAUGAUAAGACUAUGGGAUCUAGGACAGCAACGCUGUGUGCAUUCUUAUGCUGUUCAUACUGAUUCAGUUUGGGCGCUUGCAACCACCCCUUCAUUUGGUCAUGUUUAUAGCGGUGGCAGAGAUCAGUCUGUAUACUUGACAGAUCUGUCCACACGAGAGAGUGUGUUACUGUGCACAAAUGAACACCCAAUCCUACAGUUGUCCUUGCAAGAUGAUACAAUAUGGGUUGCAACAACUGAUUCUUCUGUUUAUGGAUGGCCAGCUGAAGGGCAGACACCACAAAAAGUUUUUCAAAAGGGUGGCUCGUUCUUAGCUGGGAAUUUGUCAUUCUCAAGGGCAAGAGCUUCUUUAGAAGGAUCAGCACCUGUACCUGUAUACAAAGAGCCAUCUUUCACUAUUCCUGGAGUUCCAGCAAUAGUUCAACAUGAGAUCAUGAAUAAUAGAAGGCAUGUCCUGACAAAGGAUACUGUUGGUUCGGUCAAAUUAUGGGAGAUUACUCGAGGAGCUGUUAUUGAAGACUUUGGCAAGGUUUCUUUUGAGGAUAAAAAAAAGGAGUUAUUUGAGAUGGUUAGCAUACCUGCGUGGUUUACCAUGGACGCUCGAUUGGGAUGUUUGUCUGUCCACCUGGAUACUCCACAAUGCUUCUCUGCAGAAAUAUAUGCAGUUGACUUGAAUGUUACUGGAGCACAGGAAGAUCUUAAGAUUAAUUUGGCUCAUGAGACUCUUCGUGGUUUGUUAGUUCACUGGAGUAAACGAAGGCCGAAACCUGGUCCACAUAGCUUGUCAAAUGGUGACGGUUCAAUAGGGAAAGAUGUAUCAUUGAAAAGUUCACCCCAUCCAAGAUCUGAGGUGGAUGAUGGAGCCGAGAACCAUGCAAACAAUGUGCUUCCUUCGUUUGAGUUCUCGACGGUUUCACCUCCAUCAAUUAUCACAGAAAGUUCUAGUGGAGGACCUUGGAGAAAGAGAAUUACUGAUUUGGAUGGAACUGAGGACGAUCUCCCGUGGUGGUGUGUGGACUGUGCCGAGAACAGUCGGUUUCCAAAAGAGAAUACAAAGUGUGGCUUUUAUUUGCAUGCGGCUGAAGGCUCGCCUGCACCAAACAUUACACAAGGGAAACUCAGUGCUCCACGGAUACUGCGGGUUCUCAAAGUUGCUAACUAUGUGGUUGAGAAGCUCGUCCUCGAGAAACCGUUGGAUGGAAGUCCUGACAGCACAUUUGGCAUGGGUUUGACCUCUGGUCCAUCACAACUCACGACGCUAGAUAGUUCUUCAAGGCUUGGACUAAAGUCAUGGCAAAAACUAAAACCUUCUGUUGAGAUAUUGUGCAACAACCAGCAGGUCCUGUCGCCUGAGAUGAGUUUAGCGACGGUGCGAACAUAUAUUUGGAAGAAGCCAGAGGAUCUGAUUCUUAAUUACAGAGUGGUGCAAUAUAGAUAAUUCAAGUUAAAUUACAUCUGCUCACGUGGUUCACCGUAGACGGCAUCGUUGAAGAUAACCAUAUGACAUAGAGCGAAAACCACCACGCUACAGGAUGCACUUGUGCUGCCCUUUGGUGCCGUUCCCAGAACCACAGCAAGUAAUUCCUUCUCUGUAAAGUUUUUCUGUGAAUCUUGUACCUCCAGGUUUCUAGUGAGAUUUGUAUCAUAGCAAAGGUGUAAUGUUCUGCUGGCUACCAGGCUUGUAUAUCUAGAGAUCCGGUUUCUCAAUAAAGCUUAUAAAUGAGAUAAAGGAAAUUGAUUCCCCCUCCACUCACAGAAAUAUUUGUUUGUAAGAAAGCAAUUUUUUGGUGAUCUUUGACUUACCCUGUUUCCAUUGUCUUCGAAUGAGGUGUGAGAGAAAUAAAGUUGCUCUAGAUUAUUUUCCA